CACUGCAAAUCGCCCAAUUUGCCAAUACAACUCAUCACGGUAGUUAGGGAUUUGCACGUAUCCUGGUGGCGUCCAAGAUGGGAGAGUGAACGGUGGUGGUGACCAGCCCCAAGGUUGAUAGGGUGGGGGUGUUGAUUUGGGACUAGGAGGUGGUGGUGGAUGGCUAUUGCCGGGAUAAGUUGGUGGUGUCAUAGGAGGACUAAACUGCUGUGGUGGUGUUGUCAUAGGUGGAGGGCUUGAUGGAGUUACACUUGGGGGACUAGAUGAAGGUGGUGAUAUGGUAGGUGGAGGGGUUGAUGGAGGUGGUGAGGUGCUAGGUGGAGGACUCGAUGAAGGUGGCGGCGGUGGCUGGCUGUAUGAUGGAGCUACCGUCGGGGGACUAGACGGAGGUGGUGAUGUGGUGGGUGGAGGGCUCGAUGGAGGUGGUGAGGUACUCGGUGGAGGACUUGAUGAAGCUGGCGGUGGUGGCUGGCUAUACGAUGGAGCUACUGUUGGGGGACUUGUUGGAGGUGGUGAUGUGGUGGGUGGAGGGCUCGACGGAGGUGGUGGCUGGUUGUAUGAUGGAGCUACCGUUGGGGCACUAGACGAAGGUGGUGGUGUGGUGGGUGGAGGGCUCGAUGGAGGUGGUGAGUUGCUAGGUGGAGGACUCGAAGAAGGUGGCGGUGGUGGCUGCCUGUAUGAUGGAGCUACUGUUGGGGGACUUGAUGGAGGUGGUGAUGUAGUGGGUGGAGGGCUCGACGGAGGUGGUGGCUGGUUGUAUGAUGGAGCUACCGUCGGGGGACUAGACGAAGGUGGUGGUGUGGUGGGUGGAGGGCUCGAUGGAGGCGGUGAUGUGCUCGGUGGAGGACUCGACGAAGGUGGUGGUGGUGGUUGGUUGUAUGAUGGAGGUACUGUUGGGGGACUAGACGGAGGUGGUGAUGUGGUGGGUGGAGGGCUCAACGGAGGUGGUGGUGUGGUGGGUGGAGGGCUCGAUGGAGGUGGUGAGGUGCUCGGUGGAGGACUCGAUGAAGGUGGCGGUGGUGGCUGGCUAUACGAUGGAGCUACCGUCGGGGGACUAGACGAAGGUGGUGGUGUGGUGGGUGGAGGGCUCGAUGGAGGUGGUGAGGUGCUCGGUGGAGGACUCGACGAAGGUGGUGGUGGUAGCUGGUUGUAUGAUGGUGGUACUGUCGGGGGACUAGAUGGAGGUGGUGAUGUGGUGGGUGGAGGGUUUGACGGAGGCGGUGGCUGGUUAUAUGAUGGAGCUACCGCCGGGGGACUAGAUGAAGGUGGUGGUGUGGAGGGUGGAGGGCUCGAUGGAGGCGGUAAGGUGCUCGGUGGAGGACUCGACGAAGGUGGCGGUGGUGGCUGGUUGUAUGAUGGAGGUACUGUCGGGGGACUAGACGGAGGUGGUGAUGUGGUGGGUGGAGGGCUCGAUGGAGGUGGUGAGGUGCUCGGUGGAGGACUCGAUGAAGGUGGCGGUGGUGGCUGGCUGUACGAUGGAGCUACUGUCGGGGGACUUGAUGGAGGUGGUGAUGUGGUGGGUGGAGGGCUCGACGGAGGUGGCGGCUGGUUAUAUGAUGGAGCUACCGUCGGGGGACUAGAUGAAGGUGGUUGUGUGGAGGGUGGAGGGCUCGAUAGAGGCGGUGAGGUGCUCGGUGGAGGACUCGAUGAAGGUGGCGGUGGCGGUUGGCUAUACGAUGGAGCUACUGUCGGGGGACUUGAUGGAGGUGGUGAUGUGGUGGGUGGAGGGGUCGACGGAGGUGGUGGCUGGUUAUAUGAUGGAGCUACCGUCGGGGGAGUAGAUGAAGGUGGUUGUGUGGAGGGUGGAGAGCUCGAUAGAGGCGGUGAGGUGCUCGGUGGAGGAUUCGAUGAAGGUGGCGGUGGCGGUUGGCUAUACGAUGGAGCUACUGUCGGGGGACUUGUUGGAGGUGGUGAUCUGGUGGGUGGAGGGCUCGAUGGAGGUGGUGGCUGGUUGUAUGAUGGAGCUACCGUCGGGGGACUUGUCGAAGGUGGUGGUGUGGUGGGUGGAGGGCUCGAUGGAGGUGGUAAGGUGCUCGGUGGAGGACUCGAUGAAGGUGACGGUGGUGGCUGAACGGCUGAUGAUGGAGCGACUGUUGGGGGACUUGAUGGAGGUGGUGAUGUGGUGGGUGGAGGGCUCAACGGUGGUGGUGAGGAGCUAGGUGGUGGGCUAGAUGAAGGUGGCGGCGGCGACUGGUUGUAUGAUGGAGGUACUGUUGGCGGGCUAUAUGGAGGUGGUGAGGCUGUAGAUGGAGUGCUUGAUGGAGGUGGUGACGUGAUGGGUGGAGGGCUUGAUGGAGGUGG